CCGAAUGCAGCUGUCAAAAAACAUGUGUUUUUUUGAUGCCGCCGCGCGCAGAAAAAAUCCUUCUUUCGCAAUUGUCAAGUGUUGUGCAGGCCGAAAAAUAUAAACGAGUGUUAAAAAGCUAAUUUUCAGUUUUAACCCACCCGUACAACACAAUGGCACCGGACAAGAAGCAAAAGGGCCGCAACAAGAAAAGCAUCCCGGUAACGAACGUAAAGAAGGAUGACAAGAAGAUUGCAAACGGUGGUACGAAUGGUGACGCUGCUUCCACCGAGCUGACCGAGGAAGAGGCACUGUGUGCGAAGCUCGAUGAGGAAGCACGGAUCAAUUCGGAGGCCCGUGCCUGCACCGGGUCGUUGGCUGUGCAUCCGCGAUCGCGUGACAUCAAGUUCUCCAACUUCUCGAUCACCUUCUUCGGCAGUGAGCUGUUGCAGGACACGAUGCUCGAGUUGAACUGUGGCCGGCGGUACGGUUUGCUCGGAGCGAACGGAUGUGGCAAAUCGUCCCUGCUGUCGGUGCUUGGCAAUCGCGAGGUGGCCAUCCCGGACCAUAUUGAUAUAUUCCACCUGACGCGCGAAAUUCCGGCUAGCUCGAAAAGCGCCAUCCAGUGCGUCAUGGAGGUGGACGAGGAGCGUAUCAAGCUGGAGAAGAUGGCCGAUGCGCUUGUCGACCAGGAGGAUGACGAAGCGCAGGAGCAGCUGAUGGAUAUUUACGAUCGGCUGGAUGAGAUGUCGGCCGACCAGGCGGAAGCGAAAGCGUCCCGCAUUCUGCACGGUUUGGGCUUCACCAAGGAGAUGCAGGCAAAGGCGGCGAAGGAAUUUUCCGGCGGUUGGCGAAUGCGCAUCGCACUGGCAAGGGCGCUGUACGUGAAGCCGCAUUUGCUGCUGCUGGAUGAACCGACCAACCAUCUCGAUCUGGAUGCGUGCGUGUGGUUGGAGGAGGAGCUGAAGACGUACAAACGCAUCCUGGUGAUCAUUUCCCACUCGCAGGACUUCCUGAACGGCGUCUGUACGAACAUCAUCCACAUGACGCAGAAGCGGCUGAAGUACUAUACCGGUAACUACGAGCAGUUUGUAAAGACACGGCUGGAGCUGCUGGAGAACCAGAUGAAGCAGUACAACUGGGAGCAGGAUCAGAUCGCACACAUGAAGAACUACAUCGCACGGUUUGGGCACGGUUCGGCCAAGCUCGCCCGGCAGGCACAAUCGAAGGAAAAGACGCUCGCGAAGAUGGUGGCACAGGGACUGACGGAGAAGGCGGUGGACGAGAAGCAGCUCAACUUUUGCUUCCCGUCGUGCGGUACCAUUCCACCACCGGUGAUUAUGGUGCAGAACGUUAGCUUCCGGUAUAACGAUGUGACGCCGUACAUUUACAAAAAUCUCGAAUUCGGCAUCGAUUUGGACACGCGACUUGCACUGGUCGGUCCGAACGGUGCGGGUAAGAGUACGCUGCUGAAGCUACUGUACGGUGAUCUCGUACCGACGGCCGGUAUGAUCCGUAAGAAUUCCCAUCUGCGCAUCGCCCGGUACCAUCAGCAUCUGCACGAACUGCUCGACAUGGACGCUAGCCCGCUCGAUUACAUGCUGAAAAGCUUCCCGGAGGUGGUGGAGCGUGAGGAAAUGCGCAAGAUCAUUGGUCGGUACGGGUUAACGGGCCGUCAGCAGGUAUGCCCGAUACGGCAGCUGUCCGAUGGGCAACGGUGCCGGGUAGUGUUCGCUUAUCUCGCCUGGAAGAAACCCCACCUGCUGCUGCUGGACGAACCGACGAAUCAUUUGGAUAUGGAAACGAUCGAUGCCUUAGCGGAAGCGAUUAACGAUUUCGAAGGUGGCCUGGUGCUCGUUAGUCACGACUUCCGACUGAUUAACCAGGUGGCGGAAGAGAUCUGGGUGUGCGAGAAGGGCACGGUCACCAAGUGGAACGGGAACAUUCUCGACUACAAGGAGCAUCUGAAGAAGAACAUUGCCAAGGAAGCCCGAAUUGCGAACGCAGCGGGAAAAUGAGGCGUAUCUGGUCCGGAUGGGCACCCAAAAGAAGGGCAACUCCUUUCCUUCACUUUCAUCCCUAUCAUUGCUUCUCUAAACGAUGAACUUGCUCGUGGGUACAGUUCAUACAACAUUUUAAUUCAUUUCAUGAUGCUGGGAACAGUUCAUAAAUUCACGCUCCGGAAAAGGAAAUCCCAAGAUUUCCUCUCCCAUUUUGGAGGGUGCUCUUUCGCACUUCAUUUGAAAACAAAACUACUCCUUUUCCAUCCCCUAUAAAACACUAAUCAAUCUACAAUAUAACACAAGAACGCCAGAGUGCGACCAAAAUGCAGCAAACUGUAAUAGUACUAGCCAACUUGUUGAAGCACUGCUUUUACGCAAGAGAAAUCACGAUAAAAUUCUAGCAAACCAACAGAUGAAAAAAAAAAACAAAAACCGUGCAACACAAACCACAACCAAAUCUUACAAACCAUCAUCCUAAGGGCUUUAGUUUAACCCACGCAAUCCAUGGAAAGAUUCAGCCCAGAUUUCUAGAUAACAAACAAUUGUUGUAUGCCGCUACAGUGAAACAAAAACAAAAACGAAAAGAAAAUUCAACAAUGCGUCGCAAACAGCUACAUUGAUAGGAAGCAGCACGUGCGCGUGUGUUAGGAGAAAACAAAAAACGCCACAAGAUCAGGACGAAGUAACGGUACGUAAUUGGUAAUUUAUUGAACUAUGUAUUGCUCUACUGUGGUUUAUAUUUUUUAAACUAUCUUAUACACAAACGCAGACACACACACACCAACAUUAUAAUUAUGCAUAAACGUAUAGAAAAUGCAAUAAAUUGUAUCCAUGUAUGUUUUUCUCUCCCUCCUUUUCAACUCUCUUCUCUGGUUCUUACUGUCCUCCCUUUUUCCCUACUAUCUUCACCCUUUAAUGCUCCAAAAUUUGUUUUUUAUUUCUUCUUAGAACACAAGGAUACUACAAAGGGA